AUGGACUUUGUGAAGCUCCAGCCGAGGGUUUACUCCACACUUUUAGAGAAAAUGCCAAGAUCCUCGCUCUAUGUUGACAGGUUGUUGCCAAGAACCUCACAAGACUUUGACCAUUCGUUGCCAAGAUAUACGAAGGAGUUUCACCAAGUGUCGCCGAGGUGUGAAGCAGAGAGUAAAGAACAUCUAGUCACAGAUCGAAAUAGUCAGAUCAGAGUUAUUGGAAAUGUCAGAAAGCUUGAUAAUGUAGUGCAGCUUGAAGACGAGAGCCAGGAAAAGAGCGUCACAAACAGCUUUAUCGACAGCUUUCAGUCUUCUCCCUACACAGUCCCCACGCUCUCCCUACACGUCCCCACGCCUCUCCCUACACAGUCCCCACCUCUCCCCACACAGUCCCCGCCUCUCUACACAGUCCCCCGCCUCUCCUACACAGUCCCCGCCUCUCCCUACACAGUCCCCACGCCUCUCCCUACACAGUCCCCCGCCUCUCCCUACACAGUCCCCGCCUCUCCCUACACAGUCCCCGCCUCUCCCCAGUCCCCACGCCUCUCCCUACACAGUCCCCGCCCUCUCCCUACACAGUCCCCACGCCUCUCCCUACACAGUCCCCCGCUCUCCCCUACACAGUCCCCACGCCUCUCCUACACAGUCCCCACGCUCCCCACAGUCCCCACGCCUCCCACAGUCCCACGCCUCCCUACCCCCGCUCCUACAAGUCCCCACGCUCUCCCUACAGUCCCCACUCCCUACAGUCCCCGCCUCUCUCACAGUCCCCACGCCUCCCUACAGUCCCCACGCCUCUCCUACACAGUCCCCACGCUCUCCUGCAGUCCCCACGCCUCUCCCUACACAGUCCCACGCCUCUCCUACACAGUCCCCGCCUCUCCCUACACAGUCCCCACGUCUCUCCUACAAGUCCACGCCUCUCCCUACAGUCCCCACGCCUCUCCUCACAGUCCCGCCUCCCCACAGUCCCACGCCUCUCCCUACACAGUCCCCACGCCUCUCCCACAAUCCCCGCUCUCCACACAGUCCCCACGCCUCUCCUACACAGUCCCACGCCUCUCCUACACAGUCCCACUCCUCACAGUCCCAUCGCCCUCCCUACAUCCCCCUCCACAUCCCCCUCCUACACAGUCCCCGCCUCCCUACACAGUCCCCGCCUCCAGUCCCCACGCCUCUCCCUACACAGUCCCGCCUCUCCCUACACAGUCCCCCCCCUCCUACACAGUCCCCCUCCCACAAUCCCGUCUCUCCUACAUAGUCCCCACGCCUCUCCUACAGUCCCCACGCACUCUCUCUACAGUCCCCACGCCUCUCCCUACAGUCCCCACGCCUCUCCUACACAGUCCCCACGCCUCUCCUACACAGUCCCCACGCCUCUCUCUACAGUCCCCACGCCUCUCCUACACAGUCCCGCCUCUCCUACAGUCCCCACGCCUCUCACUCACAGUCCCCACGCCUCUCCCUACACAGUCCCCGCCUCUCCACAGUCCCCGCCUCCACACAGUCCCCACGCCUCCCUAA